AUGAUGGCGGAAGAGGGCAAGUGGCAGCAGGCCAUCGAAGAGUACAACAGAGCCAUCGACGCCGUGGCCAGCGACCCCGUACCGCUCAUCGAGCGUGCAGAGGCACACAUGGCCCUGCAGGACUUUGAUGCCUGCAUCGCCGACAGCCAGAAGGCGCUCAAGAUGCUUCGCGGGUCGAACGACGCCGAGCAGCGAGCAACGUGCCACGUGCAGAUUGGGUUGGCCUACCUGGCCAUGGAAAAAUAUGAGAGCGCCCGCGACGCAUUCAGGCCUCGCUCAAGGCAAAAGGACGAAGAAGUGGAGUCUCUGUGGAAGCGAGCGUCCAUCAUGGCGCAGAUGAAGUUCGUUGCCCGAUCGACGCCCGCUCCCGAUACGGACAAGGAGUUCUACGCAAAGCUGACGGAGGGCCACGCCAUCUCCGUGCGCUCGUCCAGGGACCCCAAGACGGAGGAGACCCGAGGGCGGGGCGUGUUUGCCGACAAGGACUUCCAGGAGGGCGAGAUCGUCUUCGUCGAGGAGCCCCUCGUCUCCAUCGCCGAUUCCAUCCACGAGAAACUGUCUCAUUGCGAGCACUGUCUGCGUCCGCUGGUCGACGUGGAGUUCCUCGCCGAUGACGAGCUUUCGGCCGAAAUCAAGGGCCGGCUUACGCCCGACUUGAUGCAGCAGAUCACCAGCAAGCUCGGGGCCGAGCUGCCGCCCAUCGACCAAACCGAGUGUGUCAAGCACUGCGGGUGGAACUACUGCAGCACUGAGUGCCGCGAUAAGGCGUGGCACGACCACCACGAGGACUCGCCGCUGUGCAGCACCGCGUCGUUGUCCGCCUCCAACGCCCUCUCGGAACACCUCGACGCCUUCCCGCACACCCAGGGAGCAAAGCAAGGCGGCAAGGAGCUCACGCUGCUGAUGGUCAAGCUCCUGAACAAGCUAAGCCUCGAGAGGAGACACCACAAGGUGAAGCCCGACACCAUCUUCAACGAAGACCUGGACAGGCUUACGUACAUGGCCUACAUCUCGGAGGCUCCGCUGGUGCUGCCCGAGCACGAGAAGGAGCGGUACCAGCUCAUGCGGACGCUCUUCCCCUCCCUCGGCGAGCUGCUGACGGAGAAGAACUACAUGCGGCUGCUCUCGACCAUCAACCUCAACACGAUGACGGUGGAGCUCCACCAGCUCGGGGUCAAGGUCGUGGGCGACGUCAUUGAACGACCGCAUGACAACCACGACGACCACGACCACGACCACGACACGGUCCCGACUGUGGGCAUCACCACCACGAGCACGGACCCGGCUGCGAACACCACCACCACCACGAACAUGAGCACCACGAGCACGGCCCCGGUUGCGGUCAUGACCACCACGAGCAUGGACCCGGCUGCGAGCACCACGAGCACCACGAGCACGGCCCCGGCUGUGAUCAUCACCACCACGAGCACCACCACGAGCACCACCACGAGCACGGCCCUGGCUGUGACCACCAUCACGGGCACGGGCACGAGGAGCACGAGACGAGGACGCGGAGACGGGGGUCCAGCUGGAGCCGUGACGGUGCGGGGCUCGGCGAUCUACCGAAUCGCGAGCUACCUCAACCACAGCUGCGACCCGAACGUGAUGGCCCUCUACCCGCACCUGGCGGGCCACGUCACCGCCUUCAUCGCCGGCAAGUCCAUCAAGAAGGACGACGAGCUCUUCUACAGCACGACGGAGAACCUGCACGAGCGGCGCAAGAACCUGCACAAGCUGUACCACUUCUGGUGCAACUGCUCCCGCUGCCAGGCCGAGCUGUCCAAGGCCUGGACCAGCAAGGGGCUCAAUUAA